AUGUCUGACGAUGAUUACGCAAUUGAAUCCACCGAUGCCGGUGCCUCCGCUACCAUUCCUAUGGAAGCUGGUCAGAUCAAGAAGGGAGGACACAUGAUGAUCAAGGGAAAGCCCUGCAAGGUCCUUUCCAUCUCCGUCUCCAAGACAGGAAAGCACGGUCACGCCAAGUGUAACUUUCUCGCCACGGAUAUUUUCACUGGCAAGAAGUACGAAGAUAUGAUUCCCUCCACCCACGGAACCACUGUCCCCAUUGUCAACCGUUCCGACUGGGAGAUUAUCGACAUUGACGACGACGGUGCACUCACUCUUAUGGACGAAGGUGGUAACCAGAAGACCGAUCUUAACUUGCCCACUUUCCCCGACACUCUUGCAGAUGAAAUCCGUGAUGCUUGGAAUGGUGGUGAAAACUCUGUCAUGGUCACGGUCCAGGGUGCUGUUGGUAUUGAACAGGUUAUUGCCUACAAGAAGGAGUCUUCUUAA